AUGACAUCUAGAAAAUUAGAUAAACAACAACAAUUCAUGUUAUCCAAUGAUGAAUUUAAUCAAAUGGCUUAUGAUAAUACAGCAGCCUUUAUGAAUUCACAAUAUAAUUUUGAUGAAAAAGAUUAUCAAAAUGAAAUUCGAUUGGAUAAUUCACAACAAUCAAAAUCAAACCGAUAUUUACAUAAUGCUGAUUCAGAUCAAUAUAGUUGUUGGAAUCGUUUUACUCAUUGUAUUCGAAGUGCAUGGGGAACAAGAUUAACUGAAGAUACACUUGAUAAUAGAGAAUUAUAUAUACAUACAACAUUGAGAGAAUUAGUGAUUUAUAUAUUUUUCCUUGUUACAUUAAUGAUUGUUGCUUAUGGUCCAUUCAAUGCAAAUACUUUUCUACUAACAAGUAGUAUGAAUACAAUGUUUCUUCAAGCUCAAGUAACCAAUGGAACAGAUUCAUUGAAUACAGCUAGUUCACUUGAUGUUUUAUGGUCGGUCAUUCAAGGUCCAAUCAUGAAUAAUUGGUAUAGUAGUACAUGGUAUAAUUUACAACCAUUUGUUACAGCAAGCAAUUUAACAUUGUUAUAUCAAAAUCGUUUAAUUGGUAUACCACGUUUAAGACAGCUACGUAUGUCAUCAAAUUCAUGCGCCAUUCCAAUUUAUUUUACUGAUGAUAUUAAAGAAUGUUAUGCCCAGUAUAAUGAAGCGAAAGAAGAUAAAAAACCAUUUGGUUUAAAAAGUGGAACAGCUUGGACAUAUACAUCAUCUGACGAAUUAGGUAUGUAUUCGUAUUGGGGUACAGUGAGUACUUAUGGAGGUGGAGGAUAUUAUCAAGAUUUAUCACGUGAUCAAACUGAAGCAGCACGUCAAUUGGAUAGUUUAUUUCAAAAUUUAUGGUUAGAUAGAGGAACUCGAGUUUUAUUCAUACAUUUUACAACAUAUAAUGCAAAUAUGAAUUUAUUCUCUGUAGUUGAAAUUGUUAUUGAAGUUCCUGCAUCAGGAAGUUUAAUCCUUAAUAGUGAUUUUAGAUCAGUUAAAUUGUUGCGUUAUGUAACACCAUUUGAUUAUUUUGUAUUAGCAUGUGAAUGUGCAUUCUUAGCGUUUAUUGCUUAUUAUAUAGUUGAAGAAAUUAUGGAAAUCAAAAAACAAGGAUGGAUUUAUUUCUUAUCUGUAUGGAAUUGUUUAGAUAUUAUUAUCAUUAUUAUAAGUAUUGUUUGUGGUGCAUUCAAUAUUUAUCGUACAAUAAGUGUCAUCAAUUUACUUGAGGGCAUAUUACAAAAUCCAAAUGAAUUUGCUAAUUUUCAAAUGUUAAGUAUAUGGCAAGUAAAUUUCAAUAUGGCUAUAUCAAUUACUGUAUUUCUAGCUUGGGUUAAAUUAUUUAAAUAUAUUAGUUUUAAUAAAACAAUGACACAAUUAAGUUCAACACUUGGUAGUUGUGCAAAAGAUUUAGCUGGUUUUGCAAUCAUGUUCUUUAUUGUAUUCUUUUCAUUUGCCCAACUUGGUUAUCUUGCAUUUGGUACACAAGCUAAAGAUUUUAGUUCAUUUAUUACAGUUGUUUAUACACUAUUUCGUAUUAUCUUGGGUGAUUUUGAUUUUAAUGCAUUGGAAACAGCCAAUAGAGUGUUUGGUCCAAUUUAUUUUAUUGUUUAUGUAUUUUUUGUGUUUUUUGUACUCAUUAAUAUGUUUAUUGCAAUAAUCAAUGAAACUUAUUCAUCAGUAAAAUCAGAUUUAGAAAAACAACCAAAUGAAUUUGAAAUGAAAGAUUUUCUUAAAGAUAGAAUGAGAAAUAUGUUACAAAAAUUAAAAAUUAAAAAGAAACGAAUUGAAAAUAUUCAAAAAGCUAUGGAAUUAGCUGAUUUUAAUAAAGAUGGCAAAUUAGAAUAUAAUGAAUUAUGGAGACAUUUGAAAACCAAAGGUUUUACUGAUGAAGAAAUUAAAAUGGUCUUUGAAAAUUUCGAUGAAAAUAAAGAUAAUAUCUUGUCAAAUGCAGAACAAUUGAAAUUAAAAGCUGCAUUAGAAGAACAAAAGAUGGUUUUAGUCCAGGAAUUAGCUAAAGAAGAACGAUUAGACUUAGACACACUGCCUGGAACAAGUCAAUCGAAAAUGGUACCAACUACAAAAAUUAAAGUGGAAGUAAAACAAACUGAAUUUAUGCAGUUAUAUAAACGUGUUAAUCGUAUUGAAAAUGGUAUGGGACAAGUGAUUGGACAUAUUGAAGAUGUGUUGAAAUCUUUAGCAACAUUGGAAAAGAUUAAAGUUAUACGCCGUGAAACAAUGACACAAUUUUUACAAACUAUUAUAUCAACUAGUCCACAAGAUAGAGGUGAUCGAUUGGAUGACAUCAUUCAAGCUGGUUUAGACAAUAUGACUAGUAUGGUUGAUCUACAACGUGAAUGAUAUCUGAUAGUUAUUUAAUUGGUAUAUCAACCCAACAAUUUUAAAUCUUCAUUGACAAUUGAAUUGGAUCAUUUAAUAGAUAUCCCUUUUUUAAAUAAGAAUAAAACUGAAACAGUGUUCUUGUAGUUGCACAUUUAAACAAACACACAUACACACACACACACA